GAAACCUUUUCACUUUGAAAAGCUGCCGAAGCGCGAUAUGCCGAUUGUGAAAUGGGCCAGUAAAUUGCAAAGUACACAUUUUUAAAUGGAUAAUUUUAACUACAAAACAAACGACUGACCAGUGCAGAAAAAAAGAAUCGGGAUGUGAUAAUCAUCAUUAUUAUUGUUUUAUUUUUAUUUUUUUCUACCGUAAACCGACUAAAUCACACAGUGGACAGGUCAGCGUGUUAAUUUGCGCUGUUCAAAAGUCGUCCAAGUUGGAUAAACUGUUUUUUUCAAACUUAAGAGUAGAGUAACGUGGAUAGAAGGUUUAGCCGAUGGGGACGUAUGUUUGAUUGUGUUUCCUGUAUGCAUGUCGACCCUGCAGACCAAAUCCUGAAUAGUUGACAUGCCACCUGGGAUGGUGUGUGUGUUCUCUUCUCUUUUCUCCAUACUAUGUUGCGUGGUCACUCAGAGCUCUGCUUCUUCCAGCCAUCACCCCACUUUCUUGCGCAAUGACACCUACUUUGAGCACCUAGCUUUGCAUCCUGACCCUACAUUGGGUCGGGUCUAUUUAGGCGCCCGUGAUCGGCUUUACCAGCUUUCGUCUGAACUUCAGCUUGAGGCAGAGGAAGAGACAGGCCCUGUGAUAGACAGCCGUGACUGCCUGCCACCAAUUAGUGAAUCAAACUGCCCACAGGCGAAACGGACCAAUAACCACAACAAGCUACUACUUGUGGAUCCUUACAAUCAGGAGCUCAUCAGUUGUGGAAGUGUUUAUCAAGGAAUAUGUCAGAAACGAAGUUUGGAUGCAGUGGGAAAAGUGCUUUUCUCUGCAGAGAGACCUGUGGAUACGCAAUACGUUGCGGCUAAUGACCCCAAUGUCUCUACAGUAGGACUUGUGGCGCUCACAAGAGGGCGUGGGAAACAACAGCCAGUGCUGUUUGUGGGACGUGGUUAUACCAACAGCCAACCUCCAAUAUCUACUCGAAACUUAGUUAUGGAGCCUGUUUUCUCAUAUGAAGAAACUUCAAAGUUGGCUGUGGCUGGGAGGCUUUCUGAGUAUGACCAUCAUUUUGUAACAUCAUUUACCCAUCGCUCGUAUGUCUACUUCAUGUUCUAUCGGAGAGACUUAAAAUCGCAGUCGAGAGAAUACCGCACAUAUGUUUCCCGUAUGUGUUUGGAUGAUGUUGCGUAUUAUUCAUAUGUAGAAGUUCCGUUAAGUUGCCGUUCAGCUGGAGGAAAAAACUAUAACCUCCUACAAGCUCUACAUGUAGGGCUGCCAAAGUUAGGUAAGACUAUGGGACUAAAAAGUAUAGCUGCUUCGGAACAAGAGGUCCUGUUGGGGGUGUUUUCAAGCCAAUUCGCUUCCUCCAGUCGACCCAAUGAAGAGUCUGCAGUAUGUGUGUUUUCACUCGAGGAAGUGGAUAAACGUAUCGAUGCUACAAGAGAUCUGUGCUACACUGAAAUGGGCCGUGCAGACGGACACGAGGCUGCAUACAUCGAGUAUGAAGUCAAAUCAAGCUGUGCCAUUCUUCCAGCGAACACUUUGGAUGCUUACCCGUGUGGCUCUGAUCACACCCCUAGUCCAAUGGCAAGCCGAGUGCUUGUGGAAGCUGAGCCAAUAUUUGACAGCCCAACUGUCCGGCUCACUGCUGUGGCUGUGAGUGUAAGGGAGGAACAUACGAUUGCCUUUCUAGGAGACUCCCAAGGAAACUUGCACAAGGUGUUUCUUGGCCCAAACGGUGAGGUGGAAGAAUAUGCAGUAAUUUCAAUUCAGCCCAAUUCACCAAUAAGCAGAGAGCUCAGGCUUGACUAUCAAGAGAAGCAUCUAUACAUCUUGACAAGUAACAUGCUAGAGAAGAGGCCUGUAGCAGAGUGUGAAAAGCAUUUAGAUUGUCAGUCCUGUUUAUUGGCUCAUGAUCCAUAUUGUGGCUGGUGUGUUCUUGAGGGGAAGUGUGGCCUGCGUAGUGAGUGUGUGCGUGGGCAUCAGAAAGAUCAGUGGCUGUGGAGCUUUGACAUGGAGCAACAAUGCCUGACCGUCGAGUUUCUCAAUCCAUCCAACAUCAGCCGUGAGGAGAGAAGAAAUAUAUCUUUAUCCAUCCCUAGUCUUCCCAGUCUGGAGCGAGGAGAGUUUUACUCUUGUGUCUUCCAUGACAGGUCAAGUUUGGCUGUUGUAACAGAGACUGGUGUCACCUGCCCUUCUCCACACAUAUAUACAUUGCCAUCUGUGCCACCGGGUCAAGAUUUUUUUACAGUCACUCUGUCUCUGCGGUUCCAUGAUGUUGUUGUGACUUCUCGGGGAUUCACCUUUUAUGAUUGCACAGCAGUCAAACAGCUUGCGGGAAGCAUGCCCUGCCAUGGUUGUGUGCAGAGUCACUGGGGAUGCAAUUGGUGCGUAAAGCAACAUAUGUGUACCCACAAGGCUGUGUGCGAUGAGGGACUGAUAAUCUAUAACGAACAUUGGAAAUCUCUCCCCACCCUACCUCCUGCAACCAAAGCCUCUAAAGCUGCAUUCAUGACCUCACCAGUCACAACACACAAAGUCCCUGAAACCAUGGCUCAUACUAAAACUCAGACUACUGCUGCCUCAAUAACUGAAACUAUAACUUCUACACUGGAAUCUUUAACCUCUCCUGCACCUGUGAAACCAACACCAUCAACUCAGAUUUCUCCCACUUUCAAGCCAUCUGCUGCACCCACAAGUGCCUUUUUCCCCUCUUCCACAGCUGAGAUUUUGGCUACCACAUUACAGCCAGCUUCCACGCUCUCUCUGCUUGAAGAGAUUCUCUCAGAAAAAGAGCUGCUUGUUACAGAGACUGAAUCAGUGGCUCUGGGGGAGACCGACACUGAUGUGGUUACUCUUUCCAGUUUUGAAGCAGUUGUAAAAACGGAGUUGCCGUCAGUCAUUGAAGCUGCUGAGGAGCAAAGAAUAUCACUGCCAUCGACAUCAGUUGAAACCGAGAUAAUCACUCUCACAGAAUUGCCACCAUUAAUGGAGCCAAUAACAGAUGAUACUUUGCUCACCAGCACCCCUCUCAUUUUGACAGAAAUGCUGAAUUUGACAAAUGAAACCCAAACUACAGCUUUACCUUCAAAGCCAGAACCAGACAUGUCUGAUUCAGAAUCCAAUGACUUUUUGGCUAUAUCUGAGAGGGCGUCAACUACCAUGGCUUCAGAGAAUAGGAUCAUCAUCACUGACCGUGCAGAGGCUGAUUUAGUUCCAGAUGAAACCGAGGAGGUAGAACUGGCAGAAAACGACAACGCAACAUUUUCUGCAGCUACGAUCUUAUCAGGGGAUGGAGAAUCAGACAGUGAUCCCCCAGUAUACCUUCAUCUACAGAGUACAGACAUGGAUGCUGAUUACCAGUAUGACUCAGCAGAUUUACCGGCUGAUGAAGGCACAUUUGUCAAUUGGGGGGCAUCAGCCUGCCCGUGUGUGGAGAAGAUUCAAGGAUCCUCUCUGCUUCCUGUCCUAACUCAGAGAAAAAUCUCUCUGCUGGCCCGAAACUUGCAUCUCUAUCAGGACCAAGACCUGGUGUAUGAGUGUGUAUUGGUUAUCGAGGGGCAAACUGUGGUUGUUGAUGCAGAUGUGACGCUGAAUGAGGCAAACCCUUUGCUGUUCGACAUCACUUGUCAUGCCCACCAGUAUUCUUAUGAAGAGCUAGUUGGAGAGUAUAAUGCCAUGGUGUAUGUAAAGAGAAAAGACACUUUUCAUAUUGACAGCACUGAUCUUUAUGUGACGUUAUAUAACUGCACAGUUGGACACUCGGACUGUAGCCGUUGUCACACUGCAGAUCAGAAGUACAGCUGUGUGUGGUGUGGGACCGGUUGCGUUUAUAGAGGUUCCUGUUCUCAACACAUCCAAAUGACCUGUCCUGCUCCUCUGAUUCAUUUGGUGGAGCCUUUGUCAGGGUUGGUGGAAGGAGGCAUUACUUUAACUGUUUCUGGGUCUAACUUGGGACAGAAAGCUCAGGAUAUCCUUCAGUCUGUGACUGUUGCGGAUGUUCCUUGCACUGUUAUACCACAUCUAUAUGAAAUAUCCACCAGAAUUAUAUGUACAACUACAGCUAGUGGAGAGGAGAAGUCUGGGCACAUCUCAGUGAAAGUCUCUGGUGGAGGCUUUGGCCUGUCAAGUCAGAGAUUCAGCUACCAGGACCCUAAGCUGAUAGAAAUCUCUCCUCAAAAAGGGCCACGGGCAGGAGGAACAACUCUGACAAUCAAAGGCAGAAAUCUUUUGACUGGUCGUGUUACUGAUAUCAGUGUCCUACUAGGGAAUGUGCCCUGUUCAUUAAUAUCAGGUGUUCAGGAGGACACCAUUGAGUGUCUGACUGGUGCUAGUAACAGGACAGGAGAGCACAGGGUGACUGUGCGGUACGGAAAAAAUGAGCGACAUCUUCAUGCCAAUGGCUAUUACUAUACCCCUGACCCCAACAUCACACAUGCUAUGCCCUCAAAGAGCUUUAUCAGUGGAGGGCGUGUAAUUAAAGUUUUGGGCCAUAAUUUGGAUGUGGUACAGAAGCCUCGGAUGCAAGUAAUGGUGGUCCCUCCGGACUCCGUUCCCCCUUGGAAGAAGCGCAGGCGACGGAGAAAAACUAGGAAUGUAACAGAUGUGCAAGUGCAAGAAGCAAACUGUACAGAAAACACACACUGUUCAUUCAAACAGUUUGAGGAGCAUUGUGAGGUGAAAACCUCCUCUCUGUUGUUGUGUCGGAGCCCUGGUGUAGACCCUCAAGUAGUUGGUGGUCAUAUUCAGGUUGAGUUUUUGUUGGAUAACUUGCGCUUUGACUUUAACUCUGUCAGCCAAUCACCUUUCACCUAUGAGCCAAACCCAACCCUGCACCCGCUGAACCAUGGUGAUCCCACAAAACCAUAUCGGUACAAACCUGGAUCAGUCAUAUCUGUGGAGGGUGAGAAUUUAGACUUGGCCAUCUUUAAAGAGGAAGUAGUGGCACUGAUUGGUGAGGGGGUUUGUACUGUUAAAACUUUGACACAUAAUCACCUUUAUUGUGAGCCACCACCCCAGCAGCCCCCGCUCUCUCUCAGACAUGGACGCAAGCAAGAGGGAGCUGACGCUUUUCCAGAAUUUAUAGUGCAUAUGGGAAACCUGAACUUUUCACUGGGACAAGUGCAGUAUGAUUCUCUCAGUCACUCCAUCUUUCCACUGGUGGCACAAAUCGGGGUUGGAGCAGUUGCGUCUCUUGUUGCUCUUAUUGUACUUAUCAUCGUGUUUAUAUACAGGAGAAAGAGUAAACAGGCUCUGAGAGAUUAUAAAAAAGUUCAGAUCCAGCUGGAGAAUCUAGAGACCAGUGUGAGAGACCGCUGCAAAAAAGAGUUCACAGACCUGAUGACUGAAAUGAUGGAUAUGUCGAGUGAUCUGGUAGGAUCAGGAAUUCCUUUCUUGGAGUACCGUAUGUAUGCUGAACGCAUCUUUUUUCCUGGACAUCGUGAGUCUCCGCUUCACAGAGACCUGGACGUGCAGGAGUGUCGACGGGCCACGGUGGAGCAGGGACUCAUUCAGUUAUCUAAUCUCCUCAACAGCAAACUGUUCCUCACAAAGUUUAUCCACACUCUUGAAAGCCAGAGGACAUUUUCACCCAGAGACAGAGGAUAUGUGGCAUCUUUGCUCACUGUGGCUCUUCACAGCAAACUAGAAUACUUCACUGACAUACUCAAAACCCUGUUGAACGAUCUUGUGGAACAGUAUAUUGCCAAGAACCCUAAACUCAUGCUGCGGAGAACUGAGACAGUAGUUGAAAAGCUCCUGACAAACUGGAUAUCCAUCUGUCUCUAUGCCUUCUUAAGGUAUUCUGCUGGUGAGUCUCUGUACAUGCUCUUCAGAGCGAUUAAACACCAGGUGGAUAAAGGACCUGUGGACGCAGUGACGGGCAAAGCCAAAUACACCUUAAAUGAUAACCGAUUGCUGAGAGAGGAUCUGGAAUACCGAACUCUGACUGUGGAUGUCUUGAUGCAGGGAAUAGGUGUGAAUGAAGCUCAGCCAGUUGCUGCUAAAGUUUUAGAUUGUGACACUAUAACCCAGGUGAAAGAGAAGAUACUGGACCAGGUCUACAAGGGCACCUCAUACUCUCAUAGACCACAUACUGACUCCGUGGACUUGGAAUGGCGCUCUGGUGUAGCAGGGCACCUGAUCCUCUCAGAUGAAGACCUAACAUCUGUGGUUCAGGGCAACUGGAAACGCCUCAACACGCUCCAGCAUUAUAAGGUUCCAGAUGGAGCAACUGUUGCUUUGGUUCCACGCCAUAGCAAACAUAUUCACCAUGAUACCCAUGACUACAUUGCAGGGGAGAAGACGCCCAUGCUAGAGGAUGCAGAUGAGGGAGGAGUAAGGCUGUGGCAUCUAGUUAAGGCCAGCGAGGAGCCAGAGUUACCCAAACACAGACGAGGCAGUUUAAAAGAACGAGAACGAGCCAAGACCAUACCAGAAAUCUAUCUCACACGGCUACUGUCAAUGAAGGGUACACUGCAGAAGUUUGUGGAUGAUCUAUUCACGGUUAUUCUCAGCACUAGUCAGCCAGUUCCUCUGGCAAUCAAAUAUUUCUUUGACUUGCUUGAUGAUCAUGCAGCGCGCCAUGGCAUUUCAGACUCUGAAACUAUUCACAUCUGGAAAACAAACAGUUUGCCUCUGCGGUUCUGGAUCAACAUUGUAAAGAACCCUCAGUUCAUCUUCGAUGUGCAGGUGUCGGAUAAUGUGGAUGCGGUUCUGUCAGUAAUUGCUCAAACAUUCAUGGACUCCUGCACCACCACAGAGCAUAAACUCGGCAGGGAUUCACCUAUUAAUAAGUUGCUGUAUGCCAGAGAUAUCCCUCGCUAUAAACAGAUGGUGGAACGUUAUUAUGCCGACAUCAAGCAGACCAUCUCUGCCAGCGAUCAGGAUAUGAACUCUGCUUUGGCUGAACUUUCCAGGAAUUAUUCUGGAGAAUUAAAUUACCUGGUGGCCCUUCAUGAGCUCUACAAGUACAUCAACAAAUACUACGACCAGAUUAUCACUGCCUUGGAGGAAGAUUCCACCGCUCAGAAAAUGCAGCUCGGCUAUCGGCUUCAACAGAUCGCUGCAGCUGUAGAAAAUAAAGUGACAGACUUGUGAUCAUGGAAAAAGUGAAUGUAAAAGACACUGAUGGGUUGUUGUAUCGACACACGGUACAGUAUCUGAAAAGCUACUAUGUGUAGCAGGUGUAGACAAAGCUCAAGUUGUAUUCAUUUUGGUAUCUACUAAUGAAGAUAAAAUAAGAGUGACAGUCUAUUCUGAUGUGUUGGGACAGAAAGAAUGUGGUCUUUAACUUGAAUAUGGUCAUGGGAUGAUUUCUCUUAAAACUAUUCGGAAUUACGUAUUCCCAUUUCGGUCCCUUUGCAUUUUUUUUAAGCCUGAAUUGCUUUAUUUCUGCGGGGUUAUCAUGAAAAACACAUACAUGCACAAACUUUUGCUUGGUCGUGGCCUUACAGCAGAACCCUUUUGAUGUUCUGUACCGUCUACCUCCGCUUUCUGGAUCUACCAGUGGGUGUGUGUGUGUGUGUGUGUGUGUGUGUUCAUGUGAAAGUUCUUCUUCUCCUCCUCAGUGCGGUUGUCAUUUUUCUCCUCUCCACUGGGCGUAAAACUAAUGUGAUUCUGCAUUUUUGCAAAGUUGCUAAAACUGUCAAAGCAAAAACAUCUUAUGACUGACACUGUAGUAAAAUGUUUUAGAACAUUUAUAGUUUAUGAUGAUAUUGUAAAUUGACAUUGUUUAGUAAGUGUCACUGGAAUAAUACAGUAUGAAAGAGCCUUUGUUUUGUUUACUUUUUAAAAUGUUUAAAGCUGUUACAUAUAGGGUCAUUGUUUCAACCAGUCAGGUCAAAUCAUGUUUAGCCAGUGGUAUAUGUAUAUAUACAUAUUUUUUUUUCAAUUAAUGUUGAUCUUUUGGUAUCUUUUUUUAUUAUUUGAGGUGCCAACAUAGGAUUGAAUGAAUUACUCAUCUCUUACCACAUCCUCUAACAUUUCAUCAGUAAGGAAUUUUAAAGACUGAUUAUUUUAUGUAGGUACUUUUAAAAGAGAUAGUAUUGUGAAAUUUUAGCCUUCACGAGAGAAAACAUGAUCUGUAUGUAAAAGUUGUGCUCAGAUAUAUUAGUGCUGGUCCACUGCAUAAGUAAAUAGAUCUCUCAGAUGCAAUUAACUUCUUUUGAUCAAAGACUGUUCUCAAACACUGAACAUGGACAAAGGACUAGAAAUGGUCAAAGGAACGAAGUGACUAAUUUUUUUUAGUGUAGUAUAAUAUUGUAAAUAAAGACAAUUGUUUCGUAGCUUCUCGGCAAGUUCAAAAAGAGUAAAUUAUUAUAAAAUGGUACUUUAAAAAAAUGGUUUAACGAUAUGCUACAAGUUUAGUGUUAACCUGAUCUAUAGGUUGGUUUUUUUUUUUGUUUUUUUUUUCGUUUCUGAAUGUAUGCUUUAUGUGGGAAUACAAUUUAUGAUCAGGUGUCUUUUCCAUAUAGCAUCACUUGAAAACUAAAAUAAUGUACAUUGUAUUGGGCAUUCAAGAUGAACAUGAUGGCACCAGUUUAAUAAUUUGGAUAAAUAAAGCUUACAUUUGGAGAGUCUC